UCCGCGACCAAUGCAACAAAUAUGGCGUCCGUUUCUAAAGUAAGUGCUGCCACAAAACCGUUGCUUUCGCAGUCUUCUGCUGAAGCUCGACGAAGAGUUUUAAACCUUUAUCGUGCCUGGUAUAGAGAGGUUCCAAGGGCAGUAAAUGCCUAUGCACUGGACAUAACAGUACGACAAGGUCGGGAAAAAGUUAAGGAGGAGUUUCGAAAACAUGCUCAGAUCAAAGAUAUCAAGUCCAUUGAUAUGCUUGUGAUUAAGGGUCGAAUGGAGCUGGAAGAAACACAUAAAAUUUGGAAACAAAGAACUCAUGUUAUGAGAUAUUUUAAAGAAACUUACCCAGAGAAUAAAACAGACUUUCUAUCAAGGUUUUAUGCUGGUUAUGACUGAAGUUUAAAAGAUGACUUAACAUACAGCUUAUGAUUAAUGUACUGGUUUAUGAGAGAUUAUGCAUUAU